AUGGCCGCAAUGGCCGCCCAGAACCCGUCGGCGCCGGAGGAGAGGCUGGGGGUGCCUUCGAGGAAUCCGCUACCGCUGUCGGCAUCGCAGGAGGCCCAGGUUAGAGAUAUCUUUUACCAGCGGGUCCGGAAGGAGUGUGCAGAGGAGAUUAAGGCUUUUGCCGCCUGCGCCCUCGGCCGUACAUUCACCGUCUCGUUCGCAUGCCGCCCCGAGCACCGCACCAUGAACAGCUGCAUGAAGCUUCACGCGACGCAGGCCGAGCACGACGCCGCGCGGGAGGAGUGGUUCGCGUUGCGGAUCGAGAGACAGAGGGAGAGGGAGCGCAAGGCCAAGAUGGCGGCUGCGCAGGAAGAGUUUAUGCGCGAGUGGUGGGGAUUGCCUGAGCACGUCCGGCUGUCGAGGCAGAAGGAGAUGGAGCAGAGGGGGGAGAGGAUACACGGGCUCACAGCCAAGGACCGACCGGAGAAGUAA